UGAAUGAACAACUUUCAACGAUCACAGUAACAGUUUGUCUGUAGACGCGUGAUAGUGCAUACGUGUGUACAGUGCUCCGCGGGGCAGCGAUUUUAUUUUUAUUUUUUAUUUGGCUUCUAGCCAUUGUAUGGAGCGUGAAAAACUAUCAUCAUUGGUGUUAGAGAAGCGUGAGCUCGCCAGCGUUCCCGAGGAACGCAGCGACGAUGGAGUCCAGCUCUGCGAGGAGGCGGUGGUGGGGCUCGCGGCGCCCGAGGUGGGCCGCUGGGGCGACGAGUGGCCCAGUUGACUGGAUGAGAGCGACGGAGACUCGGGGGUGCACCACCUGACGCCAGCGCUGCCGCCGCCCCGGUGGGCGCGGCCGCUGCGACCGAUCCGACUGACGAGAGGGGCCCUGGAGGACCUCGUCGCACAAGCCGAGGCGAUCUAUAGGUUCCUCCUCGUCCACAACAACUAUGACUCCGUGAGCAACUUCAUCGCACUAUACGACGCGUACGCGAAGACGGAGAAGCCUCUGUUCCAUCUGUUCGCCAAGUAUUCUCCGCCCAUCAUGAGGAGGAAGAAGACGUGCGUGGGGUUAGCCAUGGAGCUGAUAAGCAGGUGGCGGGCCCUGGAUGCAGAGUUUCCCGGACUUGAUUCGGCUACCUCGUUGGUUUCUUGCGAGGAAGCAGUUUUAGAUGUGAGGGAGUACGUGACGCUGGGGGAAGGGCCUAACUCUGUAGAGUACGCGGAGAAGGAGCACGUGCUCGUGUGCGUCCAGCUGGACGUGGACGGCCGGCCCGGGGUCUUGCUCGCCGACCCUGGGUACCAUCUCUCCAGGUUGAUCAUUGUGAUGCACGAUCAACUUUACCCACAUACAGGCUGGUUCACACAAUCCGAAGAGCCGAGCUGUCUCAAAGACUACGAAUACAGCUGCAACCCACAAAACAGCAAAUACGUGGAGUGGCGGGAGCGAGUGACGCGCGGCACCGCCGUCAAGUGCCAGACGUCACUCAUCUACGUGGCACAACCCUUCCUGGACUGCAUCCCCAUCACUGAGAAGCGAAACCUAGUUUAUAAUUUCAAGAGCUUGUUAGCCCGCGACCCCAAAGGCCGGCUGGUGGCCGGUAUGUACUUCCCGGUGGGGGGCAACAUGGAGAACGCUACCUUCACCAUCUUCACCGACAACGGCGUGGAGAAACGGAGAACAAAGUACAAGUUCGACGCCUUCAGAGACCCUGACAACGUACAUCCAUCUAUAGUGGAAGAACUGGAACACUGCAGCGAGAAACUCCGAUUCAAGAAGCGUGAACUGUUAGUGAUCAUCAGCAAACUCGCCAACAUCCUGUCAAACCAGUCCUUCGUCGAGCAGGUGCUCGAGAUUAACGACGACAUAUGCCGCAUGUAUUUAUGACGAAAUGGCGAAACCAAAAUGGCCGACAAUGCAACACAAAAUGGCGUCGUUAAACAAAAAUAAAUAUAAUAUUGUCCUUACUUUGUUUACACUAAGUUUUUUAUUUGUGUAUUUGUUUAUUUAUCGUUAAAAAGAUACUAUUUGGUGGUGGGUUACAUAACAUAAUUUUAUAAUUCUUUUUAUCUGUUUCAUUAUUUUAUUCUUAGACAUUUGUAGUUAAAUGGAAUGUAUCUUUUGGUAAAUUGAAUAUAUGUAUAUUAAUUUUGGCUCAUUACAUAAUUAUUACACCUA